AUGCUCAAAGAGCACCUUGCAAAGCGCUGUCGUUCCUGGAAGCGACAUAUUGCAGCCGAUGGCGAACCCGUAGAUUUACCCCUCCAUAUACUGGAUUUGAUCGAGAAUAACAAGUACGCACCAGAACCCCGCACCAAGUUCCAAUCGCUUUUGACGGUGAAGGGUGGAGAUCGAAUUACUUCAAUGGAUCUUGGUCAGAGCCCAAAAUUCUUUGCGAAAGGCUACCAAGGUCGCGAGUUUUUUGUGACCGAACAGAUGAUGAAGCUAUGGAAUGAGCUCGAGAACAGUGAGUGGUCUGUCCAGAAGUGUUUAUCGGGUCCAAUGGGCGUCGGUAAAUCAUACAUUUCAUGGUUCCUUGUGGCCAAGGCAUACGCACAUGGUUGGCCAGUGCUUUAUAUUGCCGAUGCUAGUAAGCUUAGCAAUUGUGACACUAAAACUGCCGCAUCAAAGCUGAUCUGUCAAAUCUUCUUAUCCAUCAACAAAGAUAUUUUGACAGCCUCAGAGCUCAAAGAAAUGGUCGCAAUUGAAACAUCGAAGGAUCCUUAUGUGAAUAGCGCCACCUGUAUCUUUGCUGAACUACUCCAGUCAAGAAGUCAAAAGGCAUUAUUUGUCGUGGAUGAGCAUGGUGCACUAUUUCCAGAAAGUAGUAAGUCUGCGCCCGAAAGGUUCCCAUUUUUAGGGCCUCUACAGACUUUCAACUCCUGGAACAACUCAAAUAAUGCGAGAGUAGUGUUUAGCAGUACGGUAAGAUUUGCAAAGCUCAUUCUCAGAGACGCAUCACAUUAUGUCGAGUAUGUUGGUCCAAUGUCGCCUGAUAUUUUCAAUAAGCUACUGGAUGUGAUCAUAGAUAAUCGCUACCCAACAGGCCGCCAACAUUUGAAUGAGCUACGAGGCGAGAUUCAAAAAGCCACCGGAUGUGUGCCACGGGAACUCAAUAUUUUUUUUGGCGAAGACAUUGAAGGCAUUGAGCUCACAGCUAAUGGGAUCAAGCAACGACUAAAGGAUUAUGAGGAGGAUCGCAAAGAACAAUUCUUGGAGAUCUUGAAGAACUGUUAUAGUAAAAUUGAACCGAUAUUCCAACCAACUACUCGUCAAGCUCUAGUCGAUGUGUUUCUGCAAAGCAAGGAUCAUACAGGACCGCCACUUGAUUGA